AUGAUGAUCAAGAGUCUCCUGUGGGUCGUGGCCGCGUCUGCCAUGCCUCUUGUCGAACUGUCCUCUCGACAACUCCACACAAUGGAGCAGACCAAACCCUUGACGAUUAGAAAGAACCCACCUCUAGCGCCCCGAGCCAACCGCAUUAUCCCUGUUGUAGUCGGAGGACCCCAGGAUACCUUCGUCCCCAACAUGAUUCGAGCAGCAGUUGGUGAUGUGAUCCAGUUUCAGUUCAGCAAUGGAAACCAUACUGUCACGCAAAGCUCCGAGGAUUCUCCUUGUCAGCCUCUUCAAGCAACACAGUCUGGUGCAAUACAUUCAGGUCACAUACCAUUCGAAGAUGGGCAGACUACUGUUGGAACAUUCAAUGUUCCUCUUACCAGCACAGAUCCCUUGUUUUUCUACUGUGCAACGGGACCACAUUGUAUGCUUGGCCAAGUCAUGGCGAUCAAUCCCCCCAGUGAGGCAAACUUGGUCGAGUAUAACAAGAAGGCCAAUGGGGCUCUGGCUAAUAUUGAUGCUGGUCCUGCUACGGGUGGAACAGUUGGAGAGAUUCCUCUAGCUGACGCUGCUUUCACUCCCGCUCCUCCUGAAGAUGGUGCUCCUCCUGCACCCCCAGCUGACACUCCUGCUGCUGCCCCUACUCCUCCAGUAGUUGAGAGUCCACCUGCUGCUCCUCCUGUCGCUGAGGCUCCAGCCGAGAUGUCUCCUGCUCCUCCAGUCGAGGCUCCAGGUGCUGUGCCCGAGGCAGCAUCUAUGGAAGAGCACUACUAG